AUGGGGGAGUGGACCAUAUUAGAGCGUCUCUUGGAGGCGGCUGUCCAGCAGCACUCUACUAUGAUCGGAAGGAUCCUGCUGACAGUGGUUGUGAUCUUCAGGAUUCUGAUUGUGGCGAUAGUCGGAGAGACCGUGUACGACGAUGAGCAGUCCAUGUUUGUGUGUAACACCUUACAGCCGGGCUGCAACCAGGCCUGCUACGACAAAGCUUUCCCAAUCUCCCACAUCAGGUACUGGGUGUUCCAGAUCAUCAUGGUGUGCUGCCCCAGCCUCUGCUUCAUCACCUACUCCGUCCACCAGUCCGCCAAGCAGAAGGAGCGGCGUUUCUCUACAGUGUACCUCUCCCUAGACAAGGACCAUGACUCCAUGAAGAGAGACGACAGCAAGAAGAUCAAGAACACCAUUGUGAACGGAGUGUUGCAGAACACAGAAAACUUCAAUAAGGAGGCAGAGCCUGACUGCCUGGAGGUCAAGGACAUCCCUCACUCAUCCAUGCGACCUACAAAGUCAAAAAUGAGGAGGCAGGAAGGGAUCUCCAGGUUCUACAUAAUUCAGGUGGUGUUUAGAAACGCUUUAGAGAUAGGCUUUCUAGUGGGUCAAUACUUCCUGUAUGGAUUCAAUGUCCCGGCAGUGUACGAAUGUGACCGAUACCCUUGCAUAAAAGAUGUAGAGUGUUACGUUUCCAGGCCGACAGAGAAGACGGUGUUUCUGGUCUUCAUGUUUGCAGUCAGUGGCAUCUGUGUGGUGCUGAACUUGGCAGAGCUCAACCACCUUGGAUGGAGGAAGAUCAAAACUGCUGUGAGAGGAGUACAGGCCAGGAGGAAGUCCAUUUACGAGAUCCGUAACAAAGACUUACCCAGGAUGAGUAUGCCCAACUUUGGACGCACUCAGUCCAGUGACUCUGCAUAUGUGUAA